CCUCCUUUCGCGACCUCUCGUCUUCACCACGCGCACGCGUCUGGCCGUGCCUGUUUUUCACCGACAGUCUGAUGCGCGUCUUGGGCCUCCCUCAGCAUGUUGUAAACUCCGGAAUUCCCACCGACGGCGCGUUGAAAGCCUUCCCUAGCCCCAUUGCCCAGGACCGAACCUCCACCCUCGUUUGACACGCGGCGGCCCUUCUUCUAGCUCUCUGUCCGGUUGUCACGGCGCGAGAGGUUCACCAUUGAAUCAUACCCCGCAUAUUCCGUCUGUUCUGCCUGCCAUGACAAUACGCGCGCCUUCCACUUUCGCAGCAAUGGCCGCAUCCCACCGCUCCCCCCAAGGAUCGAGCUCCUCCCUGAGCUCCCCUCCCCCCUCGUCAUCCUCAACCGCCUCCUCCGACUCUGAACUCUCGGAAUUAUCAGCUACGCCGUCUCCACCAUCGAGCCCCUCGUUUGCGCACCGGCCGCUGGCAUACUUCUCUCCGUCCUCCUCCCAGAAAUCCUCCGCCAAGACCUCACCUGCGCCGGACAAGAUGAGGCCCACACCGCCGGCCAGCGACAACGACGGGCCCGUUCGGAAGAAGCGGAAACUCAACGAGCCGAAGCAGCGCACUACGGAGCGUCUUGAUCUCACAAGAGACAACGUCGAGAACGAUCCCCAGCUAAGGCGCCUUCUCGAUGUCCUGCAGAAGAAGAAGAAGAUUGUCGUAAUUGCGGGCGCUGGUAUCUCCGUGUCUGCUGGCAUCCCCGACUUUCGCUCCUCCGGAGGCCUGUUCAGCUCCCUCCGCAAGCAGCACAAACUCAAAUCCUCUGGCAAGGAUCUGUUUGACGCGUCUGUUUACCGGGACGACUCCUCCACAUCUUCAUUCCACGAUAUGGUGCGCUCACUAUCCCAGAAAACCAAAUGCGCCCAGCCAACUCCCUUCCACCAUCUGCUAGCGACACUCGCCCAGGAGGGACGCCUGCUACGGCUAUAUUCGCAAAAUGUCGAUGGCAUCGAUACGUCGCUCCCACCCCUGCGGACGCAAGUUCCCUUGCCAAAGAAAGGCCCAUGGCCGAAGACAGUGCAGCUGCAUGGUGGGCUGGAUCAUAUGGUCUGCUCCAAGUGCCAUACGCUGUCCGAUUUCGAUGCCGAGCAGUUUAAUGGACCUGUGCCACCUGCGUGUCCUCAUUGUAAAGAGAAUGAUCAAGUUCGCCAAGUCGCAGAGAAGCGUAGUCACGGGAUAGGUCGCCUCCGUCCCCGAAUGGUCUUGUACAACGAGCACAACCCUGACGACGAGGCAAUCGGGUCCUGUGCCAGUCUUGAUCUUCGAACUCGACCGGACGCUGUCAUCGUCGCUGGUACUACUCUCAAAGUUCCCGGCGUCAGACGGAUAGCCCGCGAGAUGUGCGCUGUCGCUAGAGAUAGACGCGAUGGUGUUACCGUCUGGAUCAACAACGACCCUGAACCGGUUGGCAAGGAUCUCGCGAACAGUUGGGACCUCAUCGUCAAAGGCCCAUGCGAUGAAGUCGCUCGUCUUGCUGCCAUGCCAAGAUGGGAUGACCCUAUCACAUUCAAGGAGAUUACGGAUGACGAGGUGAGCCAGACAAAGGAGAAGCAGAAAGCUGUGGUCAUGGUGCCUGUGUCUACGCCUAAGAAGCAAACGCUCCUCGAUCGGGUCCAGAUGCCCACACCAGCUGCAAGCCCACGUUUGGAACCGAAGAAGGAGUCUGGGCAAGAUCAGAUCACGACUACUAAGGCGCAAGGGCGAAAGAGGAAGUCAGAUGUGCAGCCAAAGGGUCAGGAGAAACCCAAGCCUGCUACGAAGCGACAAGCGCCCAGAAAAGCUGCUGCGAAGAAGACAACAGUCAAGGAGAACCAGAAGAUGACGAAUAUCUUCAGUGUUUCAAAGGGGUCAACCGUUUCACGGAUCCACAACAAAAAGGACAUACCUCACGACCGGAGUGAUGUUCUGAAGGAAAAUCCGAACCAUGCUUUCCAUCAGAAUAUGAUACAGAAGGAUACGAUUGUCAUGGCCAGCAAAAUGGAGGAGACCAAAUACACGCUUCCAUCCGUCGCCGGAGUCAGGCAAUGCGGACUCACCAGGUGGAAACAAACGGCCAUGAUAGACAUCUCACAAUACGACAUGGGACCUGAUGGGGCUCCGAGAUCACCGGUCAUGGAACCUUUCACCUCUGCGCCGUCAUCCCCUCAGCGAUCCACGCCAUCCACGCCCUAUUUCACACCAAAGCAGGAUUUCGAGACUCCGGAGGAUGCACGCCCGUCGACAGCAGACUCUCGUAAGAGUGAUACGAUUUUCCCGCAUAGUGUCCCCAAAACCCUCAACCAUCUCUUCGAUGUGGCUUUGUAAUUAUCUCGCAUUUCUGGGUGUUCAGGGGUCGAUGUGUGCAGAGAUGGACACAUCUUUGUUGCGUGGCACAGAGCAUAACGGGCGUUCUGGGCCUUGUGGCCUCGGCUUAUUGAGUAUUGGCGGCAUUGUACUAGUAUUUUCCGGUUAUUUCUUCCCAGUGCUUUCGCUGCGUGUUACCUGGACACUAAUGGUGGUCUUCGCCUUUGUUUCAGGUGUAAGGACCUUACACCAUCCUGCAGAGGCGUUUGCAUGGGGAUGGGAAGUGGAGGAAGGGUCUCAGGACAUGUUGCUCAGACUCAUGGUAUCGUCGCGUCCCGGGCUGCUACUAAUGCUGGCAUGUGAGGCGUGUUCUCUGUUUCUCGCACGAACUGUACUUCAUCCAGGACACGUGGUGCGCGCGGCGAUAUAUACUGUUGACAAUGAGAGUACAACGCGUAAUGGAAUUCAUAGGCCA